UCCCCCGGCCUCCCGUAGACAAUUAGAUAAAAAAAGGAGAGCCUGAAUACGGCGUCGUUUGCAUAAUCAACAUCGCCGUCAUCAUCUCCUAUUCCCUGCUUAACCCAAAACAGACGCAAACGCCUUAUUUCCUCCGGUCAACCUAACCAAAACCCUAUUCCUCUCUCUCUCUCUCUAGAGAUCCACCCACACAAUUAUCCAGAUCCAUGGAAGAAGAUGAUGAAAUCCAGUCCCCCACUCCCAACGGCCGGAUCACCGUCACCGUCGCCUCCGCCCCUCCUUCCAAUUCCCUCACUCUAGCUCUCCCUAUACAACCCCAGAAAACCCCCGGCAGAGAGGAUUGCUGGAGCGAAGCCGCCACCGCCGUCUUGAUCGACGCUUGGGGAGAGAGGUACUUGGAGUUGAGCAGGGGAAAUCUGAAGCAGAAGCACUGGAAAGAUGUCGCCGACAUUGUUUGCAGCCGAGAGGAUUACGCUAAAACCCCUAAAACCGAUAUCCAGUGCAAGAAUCGGAUCGAUACUGUCAAGAAGAAGUACAAGACUGAGAAGGCCAAGAUCGCCUCCGGUGGUGGACCCAGCAAGUGGCGAUUCUUCGACAAGCUCGAUGUAUUGAUCGGCCCUACUCCGUCUAAAUCCAACUCAACACCUCCUCCGCCCAUGGAUUUGUACCAGAGGGGGGUGCCAAUGGGGAUUCCCGUUGGGAUUAGAUCUUCAUCUUCUGUGCUCAAAAGGCCCUCCUUUGACUCCGAAGAUGAGUCUGAACCGGAGAAUUCAGCAGAUUCUUCAGAUGGUUUGCCUCCGGACACUUAUAAUAAUAAUAAUAAGAGGGGGAAGAUCCAGAAGAUGGAAAUGCCGACGGUGAAUAAUGCUAAUGGAAGUUCUUCUCAAAGACGAGAUGGUGGUGGGAUGAGAGGAAACGGAAGGAAAAACAAGGAGGAGAGUAAUUGGGCAAAUUCAAUGAAGGAACUGACACGGGCGGUGUUGAAAUUUGGGGAGGCGUACGAGCAAGCGGAGACGGCAAAGCUGCAGCAGUUGGUAGAGAUGGAGAAGCAGAGGAUGAAGUUUGCAAAGGAGCUGGAGUUGCAGAGGAUGCAGUACUUCAUGAAAACACAGAUGGAGCUUUCUCAGAUCAAGAAUAGGAGCUCCGCAAACACCAAUAACCACCACCACCACCACCACCGCCGUGUGAUUAGCAACAACAACAACAACGAUGCCAAUAAUAAUAAUACGAAGAAGAAUAAUAAUACCAAGAAUAGUGACAGCAGUAACUGAGAAUGUACCUAGAACUAGGUUGUAUUUUUAGAUAUAGAUAAUUGGUUGUAUUGUUGAGAGGGGAUUGGUGUAUCUGAAUUUGUUGCAUUAAAGUUGUUUUCCUUCCUUCCUUCCUUUUACUCUGUAAUACGAAAGCAAGCAUGUUUAAUACCAGCUUUACUGCAUUGUUGUUGUUGUAUAGUUACUUCUUC